AUGAUUGACCUGCCGUCGCUCUUCUUUGGCGCCUUUGUCGGCGCCUUUGCCUUUACGCUGCUCGAGGUCUGCAAGCAGACGCGGCGCAUCGUGCAGCGCGGCCGCGCCUGGAGCUGGCAGAAUGGCUACCUCUACAUGAUCUGGACCGAGAUCCUCGUCAACCUCGUCUUUGCCGUCGUCACCAUCCUCCACUUCAACGAGUCCGUCUCGGGCACCCUCGCCUUUUACUUUGGUACCGUCACGCUGUGGGCGCUGCAGACGCAGAUGCUCUCGCAAAUCAUCGCCAACCGCGUGUCCCUCAUCAUGGUCAGCCGGAAGCGCGCGACGUGGACGCGCUGGGGGCUCUUUGCGCUCAUCCUCGGCGUCAACGUCGGCGUCUUCAUCAUAUGGAUCCCGGCGUACCUGCCCGGCGCGACGCCCCGGCAGAAGAACCUCAACAACCUGUUUGAAAAGAUUGAAAAGAGCUUCUUCCUGGUGGUGGAUCUGGGGCUCAAUGGCUUCUUUCUAUAUCUGGUCAGAUUCCGCCUGAUUGCGGGCGGGCUACCCAAGUACUGGGCGCUAUUCAAGAUGAAUGCCGUGCUCAUUGUGGUCUCGACGGCCAUGGAUGCCGCUUUACUGGGAACGCUGAGUCUACCAGACCCCUACGUAUAUGUGCAGUUCGCACCGCUUGCUUACACAGUCAAGCUCUACAUCGAACUCGUCAUGACCUCCCUCAUUGCCAGGGUCGUCAGCCGCGAGGCCGUCCCGGGCCAAGCCGCCGGCGACUCGUCGCGCUUCCCCUCGUUCCAGCCUCCCACGCCCAUGGGCCACGACCGCUACGGCGACAAGUACGGCAGCACCAAGAGCAUCUUUGGCGACGCGAGCAUCGCGCCGCCGCCGACGCCCAAGCUCGACACGCAGUCCCUCUGCAGCGUCGCCGCGCUGUCGUACCACACCGCCGAUAUCGAGGGCCGCUGCGAGGCGCCCGGCGACGAGGUGUUUUUAAGUCCGGUCCCCGAGAGCAGCAUCAUCAAGACGGUGACGACGACGGUCGUGUCCGAGGACAAGAGCAGCAGCCCCGCGCCGCUGCCCCCGCCGACCAGCAGCGCCGUCGGCAGCAUCAAGAGCCACAAGAGCCACAAGAGUCACAAGAGCCACAAGAGUCGCCUGCGGGCGGGCGCGCACGACGACUGGAUCAAUGACCCCGCGGCGCCGCCGACGCCGCCGGCCAAGGACGGGCCGCCGGUCGCACUGACGAGGACCAAGUCCAGACGGGCGCGGCACCCGCUCGCCUCGCGGUUCAACCAGAAUCAGCGUUGA